CCUAUUUUUUUGCCUUUAGGACAGUUCAAAACAUUAGCUUUCUGGCACUCGGUAAGUCUGGAAAAGAGUAGAGAGCCCUUUCAAAGGCUGCAACUGUGAAGUCACCUGGUUCAAAAAGAAUUCUAGAAAUCCAGUAACUAGGCAUUUGUCAUGGCGACAGCACUUUGUUUGGACUGCGAUCUUGGCAGUUGAUGGAGAAAACCUGGAAGCUCUUUUGCAGAUGGGAAAUGUGGGGACUGCCUGAAUAUUUUUGUUUUGUUUUCUGGUACAGACCGUUUGCUUCUCUCAACCAUGAGUAUAUUUUAGAAGGAAGGGUUUGGUCUACAUAUUCAAAUGUAUUUCUCUAUUUAAAGGAAUUCUACACGUUUCGGUUGUAGUAAACUGAGAAACACAGGAAUUUAUACCAUCCUUUCCCAACCUCUAAUCCUCAGACAUAUCAGACUGCAACUUUAGCUCACUGGGGAUGACGGGGUUAGCAGUCCAACACAUCUAGCAGGGCCCUGGUUGAAAAGAUCUGGUUAUAUUUGUCCUUGGACAGGGCUAGAGGAUUAGCAAUGCUAGCUUUUCCUUUUGAUGGAGCUCUGCAGCCUUUUCUUUAGUUGAAAAGCAGCAAAGACAUUAUCAGGGGACUUUCCUUGUCUGUACUUCCACAGUUUCUGCUGAUGCUCAUUGUUGUGAUGUACCUUUAGAUUAUUUCCAAACUAUGGAGAAAUCUUCUUGGCAAGACUUGUUCAGAGGGGUUUGCCAUUGCCUUUCUUUUAGACUGAGAGAGUAUGAUUGCCUGAAACCAUACAUGGAUUUCCACAGCUAAGCAAAGAUUUGAAUCUUAAUCUGUCCAACAUUCAAACUACUAUCAAACACUGGCCUCUCAGAGCAGCAUUGGAACCCUUUCCCCAUGUUUUUUCUCAUGAUAGAGAAAAGCAGCACUGGCACGGAGAAAUGAGACGACAGGGCCUUUGGGUCCAAGUUAUUUUAUUUUGUGUCAAAAGCAUUGCAUAAAUAAAUAUAAAACUGAUAAAAAUAGAGAGAACACAAGUGGUCAAAUAAUUUUUGACCAAAAACGAGCAACAGCAACCACAUUGUCUGUAGAUUUAAACAAUUCUUCCUCUGUGCAUGAGGUAGGGCAUUGUGGACAAGCAUAUGUAUGCGGAGUUGUUCUGCUCCAGUCACACAAAGUGGAGGAUUCUUCUGGGUGGUGACAUUUUUGCCAGCUUGUCUUUUGAUCUGCCAACUCCACUUCUGAGUCUGUUCAGGGACCUCCACAUUGCCCGUUUCUGGUUUUCUGGGAUCCAUUCCAUCUUUUCCUGAUAGUAUUUACAUGAUUUUGAUAGUGAGGCAAGUAACAUGAACCUGCUUCUGCUUUAAUGACAAACUUUGUGCUUUAAACACUCAUAGAAAGAUGUGGACUACAUUAACUCAAAAUUCUGUACCACAGAAAGACAUUCAAUAAGGUGAUUAAACUAUGUCCGUUAGACUAUAUGUGCAGUUUAAUGGAAGUUACUUACAUUUUGUUAUUUCUGUUACCCAUGCAACAUGGGAACUAAUUAUGCAGAGAAUUGACGUAUGAAAAAAAGAAUUGUUCAAGGACAAGAUGGCAGAUAUUAUGGUGAACCUGAAAGCAUUUCAGCCAGAUUAUGGAGCAGAGAGUAGUGACCUUGCGCUGCGUCUGAAAUGCCGUGCCAAAGGCCUGACCGUCAACGCUUGUGCCCAUGCACUCUUCUUCUGCAAAUUGCUACAAGCCACCAGGUCUCCCAAGCAGAAGGAGGAGAAAAAGGAGGAUGUAUCUGCUUUCCUUCAAGAACCUAAGGACAACCAAAGCUUGAAUCUUGGGAUUAUUGGUGGAGGCCAUAUUGGGAAACAGCUUGCCAAGACCUUCCUACAGUUGGGUGGCAUUUCAGAGAAGAACAUUCAGAUCUCUACAAGGCGGCCAGAAACUCUGUCAGAAUUUCAUAUGGUGGGAGUUAAGUGCUAUUACAACAAUAGGCAACUUGUCUGCUGGGCAGAUGUUAUAUUUCUCUGCUGUCUUCCAUCUCACCUUCAACAGAUUUGCUCAGAAAUUCAUGAUGCACUCCAAGACCACUGUAUUGUAUACAGUCUCAUCACAGGGAUCCCUCUAACCAGGCUGAAGCAACUUCUUUCUUUUAACUCGAUCUUAAGGCCACAAUACAAGUUUGUGGAAACUGAUCUUUUUGACAUCUGGCUAGCAAGCAGGACAGUUGUGGAUGCCCUCAAAGACCCAGCUGUUAUCCAGGCUACAUGUCCCUGUAACCCAAUAAGGGAAGUUGUUGUCAAUAGGGAAUGGCUGGCAGCGACAUUCUAUGCAGCUCUGAACAGCUACACAAAGCAGGGUUUGUCCUAUGCAAAGACCCUGCUUUUAUUUACUGAGGUGUGCUUUCCUGAUGAUGAUACAUACGGAGAAGAUAAAUCACCGCCAUUGCUGUUUUGUGAAAACUUUAUCAACCCAACCUUUGCCUCCUCCCUGGAACCUGAUGAUUCCUUCCCUUGGUUUGACUUGACAACUGUUCAGCGAAAAGAUUCACCUUUUAGCCACCUUCUUGCAACAGAUAAAUCUUUCCAGGACAACAUUGCUUCAUUGUAUUGUAACAUGCUGAAAGUCAAAUUCUCCAAAACUAAGGAAGAUUCCGUAUCAGUUUCCUUCAAAAAGCCUUCUCUUUCAGCUCUCUUGUUGAAUCCCACCAAACCUUUGACCUGGGGAGUCGCUGCGACUUGUAAAAGCAAAGUAGAAGAGGCAUCAAGUACUGAUUCUGAAGAUACUUAGAUCUUUUUAUCCAAAUCUCUGGAAACAGCAAGAGUUUUAUUUUUCAGUACUACUAAAAAUAUAUUUCUUUCUAAAAAUAAUACAGUCAAAUCAUUAUUUUGGAAUAAUAAUCAGCAUGCCCCGUUUAACUAUGUGCAGAGUAGCAACCCAAUAGUCAUUUUCAAUCAAAACCAGUGGAGGAAUGUAUUUUGCAAUAAAAUAGCAGGAAUAACAAAUGCCAAGCAGAAAUAAAUUCCAACAAAAUGAACAACAUACGGUAAUUGUUUUUUGUUUUGUUUUUUAAAUUUUAGAGGGGAUUAGAUUGAUCUGUAUAUUAUGGAAAAAGUAACCAAAUAUUAAUGCAGAGAUUUGAAUCAACUCAUAAAAGAAUAUCAAAAGGUUAGGAGAAAUAAUCAUUUUUUUCAGUAGUUGCAUUACCAUCAGAGAGAAAGAAAGAAUGGGUAACAUCUACCUCACAUGGAGAAUACUCCAACCACUGGGCUAAUUUGUUCUGCAGAGGCUGUAACUGCAGCCUGCACUUCCUCGUAUGGUGCAUCCACUGUAGAAUUAAUGCAGUUUGUCUACAUCAGGCAUGGGCAAACUUCGGCCCUCCAGGUGUUUUGAACUUCCAACUCCCACAAUUCCUAUGUCUGGUCUACAUUCUAUCUGUUAUAGCUCGAUGCUAUUGAAUCACGGGAGCUGUAAUUUUAAAAGAUUCUUAGCCUUCUCUGUUGGUGCCUCACCAAACUACAACUCCCGUGGUUCUACAGUAUUCAGUCAUGACAGUAAAUGUGGAUAUACCCUUAGCUCCACCUCCUAAAAACUAGCUAGGAAAGGAAUAUUGAAUAUUAAUUGCAAUAUUUUGUUGAAGAUAACAGUGACGGUGCUAUUAAAGUGCCAUCCCCACUCACAAUCAUUAAAAGUCCAUAAAUCCUGAUCUGCACCCAAUCAGCAAUUAAUCCUCUUCCAUAGGGGAAGAGUGAGGGAGGGCAAAGUUAGAUUACUGGCCAAAGUGUCCAAUAUCUUUUUGGUCAGUGAACCAAAUACUUUGGCUGCAGCCACAUAUGUGGCAUUAUUAGCUCCUGUUUCCAGAUCCCCAAUCUAACCUAAUAAAACUUAAUGACUUGUAGAACUCCUUGCAAAAACAAAAUCACAUGAAGUUCAACCAUGGGGAAAAGACUGGGAAUUAAUAAAGAAAACAACAAAUGGUGAAUUUGACAGUUAUAUGAAGAUAAAAAUGAACUUCUAGAAUGGUAGGUUUGCUUUGUUUGAA